GGGGCGUCGGGCGUCGUGCCUCUGCGGCGUGCACGGCUCCCGCGCUCCCGAGGCUCGCCUCCUUGGCUAGCGGCCUUUACUUUUCCGGGCGGGAGGCACACUAGGGCCUGUCCAUGGAUCGGGCAGCCGUGGCUAGAGUGGGCGCGGUAGCAAGCGCCAGCGUGUGCGCCCUGGUGGCGGGGGUGGUGCUGGCCCAGUACAUAUUCACCUUGAAGAGGAAGACGGGCCGCAAGACGAAGAUCAUCGAGAUGAUGCCAGAAUUCCAGAAAAGUUCAGUUCGUAUCAAGAACCCUACAAGAGUAGAAGAAACUCUCUGUGGUCUUAUCAAAGGAGGAGCUGCCAAACUUCAGAUAAUAACAGACUUUGAUAUGACACUAAGUAGAUUUUCCUACAAAGGGAAAAGAUGCCCAACUUCUCAUAAUAUCAUUGACAACUGUAAGCUGGUUACAGAUGAAUGUCGAAAAAAGUUAUUGCAACUAAAGGAACAGUAUUAUGCUAUAGAAGUUAAUCCUGGUCUUACCGUGGAAGAAAAGUACCCUCAUAUGGUAGAAUGGUAUAGUAAGUCUCAUAGUUUGAUUGUUGAACAAGGUAUACCAAAAGCUAAAAUUAAAGAGAUUGUGGAAGAAUCUGACGUUAUGCUCAAGGAAGGAUAUGAGGAUUUCUUUGAUAAGCUCAAACAAUACAACAUACCUGUGUUCAUAUUUUCGGCUGGUAUUGGUGAUGUACUAGAGGAAGUUCUCCGUCAAGCUGGGGUUUAUCAUCCAAAUAUCAAAGUAGUGUCCAACUUCAUGGAUUUUGAUGAAAAUGGUAUCCUCAAAGGAUUUAAAGGAGAACUAAUUCAUGUAUUUAACAAACAUGAUGGUGCCUUGAAGAAUACAGACUAUUUCAUUCAACUCAAAGACAACAGCAACAUAAUUCUGCUGGGAGACUCCGAAGGAGAUUUAAAAAUGGCAGAUGGGGUAGCCAAUGUUGAACACAUUCUUAAGAUUGGUUAUCUAAAUGAUAAAGUAGAUGAACUUUUAGAAAAAUACAUGGACUCUUAUGAUAUUGUUUUGGUAAAAGAAGAAUCACUGGAGGUCGCCAACUCUAUUUUACAGAAGAUUCUAUAAACAAGCAUUUUUCAAGAAAAUGUCUCCCAUGGGUGCAAAUGAUACAAGAUUUACUCAUCUGUCCAUCUAGCUGAAAGACUCUUUAUUUAUAAAUAUAUUCUUGUUCUUGAAGUUUUCUCUUUACAUAACUGAAAUAUUUUCAGACAUGUUGAGUCCAUCUCCUGGAAGCUCCUUUCCUCUUUCAAUACACUCCUCAUCAUAUUUUUUUAACCCCUAAAAAAAAUGUUGAAGCCAAAAUUAGAAAAACUACCCCCUACUUUUUCAAAGUGAAUUUUGUAGCUUAAUGUUAUCAUGCAGUUUUUGAAGAGUCUUUUUACACCAGGAAUGUUUAUAGAUGUUUUUAAAAAGUUUUACGAAAUGGUGAAAUAAUGUGCAUGAUUUUAAGUAUUGCCAUUUAUAUAAUUUGGGUGGAUUAUGCUAAUGGUAUCACCAUCUCCUGAAAUUGUUAUAUUUUGUGUGAGAAAACCAAUAUUUACCAAAAAAGAGUAGCACUUAAUAUUUGAAAAGACUGUUGGUGGCCAUGUGUCACUAAUCAUCAACAAAAUAUUCAAAUGAAGCACUGAUAAUAAAUAUGAAAUGAAAAGCCUUUUUAAUUCUA